AUGAUGGAGGAUUUUUCCAUGAGCGACGCUGACACUGCGAGUGCGAUCGGCGCGGCUGAGGAAGGUUCUUUCCUCGGGCUGCCUGAGAUGGACUUGCGCGACAUCUUCGGGAUGGAAGCUUGCGCGUCUACGUUUGUGUCAGUUGGUGACAGCGAGCUGGAUACACUGGAAGGACAGUCAAGCGAUACCAUUCCUGGUCAGAACAGGUUGGAGGUGGAGUUAUCGGGCGAAGCGCGGAAGGAGGGUACGGCGGCAGCCGAAAUGGCAGCUUUAAGCUACCAGCCGAAAGUUCCACAGACGCGAACAAUUGCUGCCGCACGUGCCUACCGACCUGACAGGAGUUCCUUCAAGAUCCACCGGUUCUUUUGCCGGGUUUCUCAGCGAAUCCGGCUUGCAAGAUAUGGAGGGGAACUGAACACGGGACAUGUCUGA